UAGAGUUUUAGUUAGAAUUUUGUACUCUCUCUUUUGUUUUACUUUCUCUUAGAUUCAGCUUAGUGAUUCUUAAGUUCGUGAGUCAUAGAUUCUAGCUCGAGCUGCGCUUGCAGCACACCCGCGCUGACUAACACAAGUCCAGCGAUUAUCAACAGAAUUAGAGAAUUAGGUGCUUCCAGCUAUUGAACCACCUUAGCGCUACGGAGCUGCCUAUAGUUCACCGCUCAUACUUAGCGUUAUACAUCGCUCGCCCGACCAGACCCAGACGCGAAGAGAACCCUUGAUCUAUCAGCUGCCCGGAGCGAAGCUCCCGCUUGCCGUUGGAACCGAAGCCCUGCUUGCACCGUGAAGUCCACCUGAAGAACCCGCUUGGCCACCUGGAUCGAGCUACCCUUCCUGGCGGUCGACACCGACGGUUCCCUUCGCGGCAGAGACGACACCGGUUGCCCGAGGCCGGUCAACGCAAAGAAGAUGAGGACUCUCCUGCUCCUGACGCUCGUGCUGGGGACGAUCGUCGCGGCCCCUGAUGUGAUCUCCCCCGGACCUACCUCAGGAGUAGUUCUUAGGGAUAAUUCGGGACUACUAAUCACAAACUGCCGGUUACAUACCCAAAGGGUGUUUGUACGACUGAACCCGGAGGAAGUAUGUAAAAAGAACUUCCCUGAUUGGUCCCGCCAAGUGGGGUGGGCUGGGCAUUGGUGGGUACGAGAGGCAGUAAGCCAUGCCGAACGAGACACCACCCACAUGCUACAACAGCUGCAAAAAUUUGCGGUCACACAGUCUGAACUGAAUGGGGCUCAAAAGAGAUCCAAACGGUUUCUUGCAGGUUUAUUAACUGCUGCCGCCGCUGUAGGCUCACUCCUUGGCGUUGGCACAUCCGCUGUUAAUGCCGUGGGCCUAGCCACGGUCCGCCGUAAUGUAGGGGAACUACAGGCAGAACUACCACACAUCAAGGACCAAAUAGACACCCAACAGAGACAGCUACAGGCAAUUGGACAAACUUUACAGGGUACCAUUGUGGUCCUCAAUACCCACACGGUAGCUUUAAACAAAACUCUGCAAACGAUCACCUCCCUGACCCGGGCAAUCCAGGCAGAUAUGGCUCACAUCCAAGUGAUUAACAUGCUUUUGAAUGACAUGCUACAGGAAGUGGGAUCCUCAGUAGACAGUCUAGCUAUGGGCAAGAUACCAGCUUAUCUGGUGCCUUUAACCCUGGUACAGGAAAUCCUCAGUAGGGCUACCCGAGAGGAAGUUACUGAUCUCCAAGCACAUUUAGCCUAUACACUCGGAAGUGCAGUACCUCUUUAUGUCAAUCCAGGAAAUAGAGAAGUAGCUUUUCUGGUCAACUUACCUAUAAUAGCUGCGGAAAACAUUUAUCGCUUAAAGGAAGUGGUAAAUGUUGGGUUUUGGCAAAAAGAAGCACACAUCAAAAUUCAGACUCCGACCUUGGUAGCUUACCAAGACAGCAAUCCUGGACUUUAUCUGGCCCCAAAUUUGCGCAUGUGUACCCUGUCCAAGGAUAUACACUAUCUCUGUCCCAGUAAACCGUUCACUCGAGAGGGUGCCGGCAAUCUUUGUGGCCUUAAGCCCAUGCUCACUAAGGACCAGUGUCCUGCCACUGUCACUCAUAGGUACCAACAGGUCGAGACUCAGGUUGAAAUCGUAGGGAGCCGGUGGCUGGUAAAUACUGCGGCACGGGAAGCUGUGUUGUCCUAUGACCAGCAUGAUAUCGAUGAACGUAUUCCCCUUCCGGAACAAACAUUUUGGGUAGACGUACCACCUGGGGCUACUCUGCAUGUUGGGGAAUGGUCCCUGUACCACUUAGUACCUGAUCAAUAUGAGAGUGAAAUUGAGGUGUCUGAUUUCUUUACUACCCACUCCUUAGAACUCAGCCCUGACACCCUUGGUCGGAUACAGUAUGAGGGUCCCCAGUCUAUCGAUUUGACCCCCAUCAAUAAUGUCUUAAAAGAGAUCGAGUCGCGUCCCACAUGGACAGUCCAACCUGUAAGAUACUCCUGGUCAUUGCCCGAUACCUUGUUAGCUGCGCUGGUAUGUCUGGGGUAUGUAGCAACCUUUGGUAUAACGUGUUUUUAUCGUAGGAAGACCGUGAAGCUACAGAGACAAAUGGAUUCAUGGUCGGGUAAGGUGGUUAGAUUUGUGAGACGUAGAAGGGGGGGGUCAAGAAGUGUCAGUGGAAACUCAGGAGGACGCAACUGAUGAACCUAUGCAGGUAGCUGCAGUAAGGGAAGUGGUUUAGCUCUGGUUUGGAUAACGCUAAUGCAGACUGUUGUGUACUGACCAGCAAAUGCCACCAGUAAGAGUUGAGAUACCCAGUAACCUUUUUGUCCACAGCUAUCUACGUCAUCUCAUCGACUGAUAACCUGGAUCUCUGCUGAUUAUCACCCGAUGGGGGGGGGAUAUGUAGCAGAUAGCCUGAUGUCUCAUUGUGAAAUCACACUCUUAGAUCCACUUAAGAAAUUCCACUGGAGAGCAGAGGGGGAUCCCCCCAACCUUGAAUGAUAACACUUUAACGACUUUUACGACCAUUUGCUGGAAACAUCUGUCUCGCUAAAAGCAUCCGAACAAAGACCCAUAAACCUUGGGGAUUAACAUGUCACCUGCUGAUCCGCUAUCUUCGGAGCACACCUCUUAAACAGUCACACUAAUUUACACACACACACACACGCAGUUUGACCCUUUAACUGGUCAAGGACCCGUGGACCAUUUAACAAGACAAUACUGCCACCCGCAGGAGAAGAAAGGAACUUUUCUUGGAGCACGAGGCUAUGAUCGAAAAAUUACAUAUGUAUAUGCUUUUACAAUAACUUAAAUAACUGUUGGUUAAUUCUAAUAUUGUGAGAAGCAGGGUAUCAAGCAAUGUGAUGAAACACUUUCUAAUCAAGAGAACAAUUUUGAGGUUUACCUUCAUUUUCUUCUACAGGUUCCAGGCUGAAGAAUUAUGUCUUGUUUGUCAUUGGUUGAACUAUUGCAACUAGUCAGCGUAGUUUUAACUUUUGUGUUGGUUAUAUAGAUACAUUUUCCGGUUUAGUAAAGAGCAAAGCAUAAAAGUAUAAAGGUAUAGUGAAUUUCCGAUUUAAAGGGUUCUGAAAUGAUGUUAACCAGAGCAAUAGGACCUGCAUUCCUUAGUGGGGGAGAGGUGUGAAUUACGACGGCCACAGAUUUACAUCUUUGAAUACACAGGCGAGUCUGCCAUUUCAAAAGGGAAAUUUAAGGCUGAAAAAUGUUAAAACAUUAAAAACAAAAUGUGUUCUUAAGACGUGAAUGAACAUUAACUACAAAAAGAACACGGAGGGCAACAAACUAGCAGUCUGGUUAAAAUAAUUACUUAAAGCUAUCAGGGCAUGUUUCCACAAUACUUUAAUCAGGUUAAUAACUAAAUCUUGAAUUAAUAAGUUUAAAGUUCAUAACGAGUUUCUUUCUUUCCUUUCUAAGAGUCCGGUGCGUGUGAGUUAGUGUAUUCCCUGGUCAUGUGUUAUAUUUCUUUCCAUUCUUACACCUCAAAAUCAACUAUGAUUAUCUAAUUGUCUGGUUAGGAUUUCAGUUCUGAGAUGUUUAUUCAUAUCACUAAAAUGCUAUGCAACAGUGGGUGAAUGUGGGGAAAUUGUGGGUUUUCUAUGUCAAAGUACAUUUUAAUAAGCAAUGGUUUAAUUUGAUCAUUUAAGAAUGUUAAGGUUUAAGUUAAUAAAGAAAAAAGGGGGAAGUCGUCUAGGCAAGACUCCACCUACCUGGAAGAUGAUUGGGUUUUUAGAAAUUAUACUUGCAGUUAGGAAACCUAUCACAAGUUAGGGCCAAUACGUCACGAAGGGAACGUGUUUUCCAAUAAAGGGGGAUGUUAGUUCAUUCAGUUGGUAGUUCGUGGUUCGCAGUUCGGAGUUCGUGCGCUUUUUAGGUUUAGUUAAGUUCAAUUUUUUUAGAGUUUUAGUUAGAAUUUUGUACUCUCUCUUUUGUUUUACUUUCUCUUAGAUUCAGCUUAGUGAUUCUUAAGUUCGUGAGUCAUAGAUUCUAGCUCGAGCUGCGCUUGCAGCACACCCGCGCUGACUAACACAAGUCCAGCGAUUAUCAACAGAAUUAGAGAAUUAGGUGCUUCCAGCUAUUGAACCACCUUAGCGCUACGGAGCUGCCUAUAGUUCACCGCUCAUACUUAGCGUUAUACAUCGCUCGCCCGACCAGACCCAGACGCGAAGAGAACCCUUGAUCUAUCAGCUGCCCGGAGCGAAGCUCCCGCUUGCCGUUGGAACCGAAGCCCUGCUUGCACCGUGAAGUCCACCUGAAGAACCCGCUUGGCCACCUGGAUCGAGCUACCCUUCCUGGCUGUCGACACCGACGGUUCCCUUCGCGGCAGAGACGACACCGGUUGCCCGAGGCCGGUCAACGCAAAGUGAGGCGCUGGUUAAAUCUCUAAUUCUCUGGUGGCGUUCUGUUGGUCUGGUUAGGUUGAGUCUUGCUAAGUUCUCAGUUAUAGUUAUUCCCGGUUGAGAUGGUGGUGAUCGCUGUCAGUUCCAUAGUUCUAAUGUAACCUAGUUUAACUCAAGUAGCUUGGGUUUAGGGCGUUUUUGCUUCUUUAGUAGUUAGUUCGUUUAUAGCAGUAUAUAAUCACUUAUAAUCUUGUUUAAUCUCCUAAUAUUCUUAUAGUGGGUUUAGUUAUCCAUAUUUAGGUUUAUCUCCUAGUGGGUUAUCAUAAUUACUUCCCCUUUGGUAUAUUAAACUGGGUAUUGAUUUGUUUAUUUUUAUCUACUUAUACAUUUCUGUUGUUUGGGUCUAAAGUGUUUUGAGUUAUUCAUAUAUGCGAUGAGAAGGUUUGGUUGUAAGACUGUUAUCAUCAGCGUGCUUGAAUUUCACUCUCAAAUUGUUGUUUGAAUUAUGCCCCUUAUCUAAUUCUGCAUAUAUCCAUGUAUUACUUUUAUUCUAAAUAAACAUUAUUUGUUUUAGCCAAUUCUUGACUUAAGUGUGUUCCUCCCGUGGUUCAAAGACUUUCUGAAACCGACAAGAACUCACCCUGAGGUUAAAUAUAAAUU